GUUUAGUGAGAGAGCAGCAUAUGCCAUAUAGACUUCGUCCUAUCAGCUAGCAAUGGUGAUGUAUAAUACACGUUCACAAAGUAUGUUGGCCUUUGCCUUGGUAGUCCUUGCGUCAAUGAGUUUGGUGAUCUGCAGUGGUUCCCGGAAGCCUCAUGUAGUGUUCAUAGUAGCCGACGAUCUGGGUUGGAAUGAUAUCGGCUACAACAACCCCAGUAUUUUUACACCGACUCUCGAUAAAUUGGCGAGAGAGGGCGUGAUUCUCAACCAGUCGUACGUGCUUCCAAUGUGCACCCCAGACAGAGCGUCAUUAAUGAGUGGAUACUAUGCAUAUCGAGUUGGUCUUCAGCACAAGGUAUUGGACCACGCGGAACCGGCAGGAUUGCCGCUUAAUUUCACGUUGAUACCACAACGAAUGAAAGAACAUGGAUAUACAACGUACAUGCUUGGAAAGUGGCAUUUGGGGUUCUGUAAGUGGGAGUACACGCCGACCUACCGAGGGUUUGACCAUUUCUACGGCUUUUAUAACGCAGCUGAAGAUUACUUCAAUCACACAACUAGUAAAUAUCUCGAUUUGAGAAACGGGAAAGAAGUUGAUUGGUCCAAAAACGGAACUUACUCAACGUACAUGUAUGCCGAGAAGGCGACCGAAUAUAUCGCAACUCAUAAUAAAAGUACUCCAAUGUACAUGUAUCUGCCGUUUCAAAGCGUCCAUGGAGUAAUUGAGGCCCCACAGAAAUAUUUAGAUAUGUAUACGUUUAUACAUGACACCAACAGGAGAAUCAAGUCCGCUAUGGUGACUGCUAUGGACGACGCUGUUAAAGUUGUAAUUGCCGCGUUAGAACGCUAUGAACUGUGGGACAAUACACUACUUGUGUUUACAACAGACAAUGGUGGUCCAGCAAAUCCAAAUAAUGCAGGCAAUAACUGGCCAUUGCGUGGAUCUAAGCUGACAUUAUGGGAGGGUGGUACGAGGGGAGUGGGGUUCGUCCAUGGUAAAAUGCUAGAAAAGAAAGGAUACGUCAAUAAUGAAAUGAUGCACGUGACCGAUUGGUAUCCCACAUUAUUACACAUCGCAGGCGGCAAGGCAGAUUCGGACAUGGAUGGUUUGAAUGUUUGGGACACGCUUAAUAAAGGAUACCCGUCGCCUCGCAAGGAGUUUAUUUAUAAUAUUGAUGAAAUAGAACCAACUGGAGCUGCUAUCAGAGUUGGUGAUUAUAAACUGAUCGUUGGUAAAGCAGGUCAUCCCGAUGGAUGGAUUCCCGCACCGACUAUAGAUGGCGUAUGGGAAGAAAUUUUGCCCAUGAAUGAAUACGAGGGACUAUUGGAUGGGAGAUUGUCUAAAGACAACGACACGUAUUUGUUCAAUAUAAAAGCUGAUCCCACUGAGCGUAACAACCUAGCCGAGCAAAUGCCGGAAAAAGUCGCCGAGCUAUCCGCUAGGCUGGAAGAACUGAAACAAAAGUUGGUGCCUGCUAUAAGACCCGCCCCAGACCCAAAAGGGUCCGAUCCCCGUAAAUUUGGAGGAGCUUGGUCUCCAGGAUGGUGUUAGAUCGACGUAAAUGUGAUAGAAUGACGUUAUGUUGACAUGUAUCUCAAAAAUUCGAAGAUGCGUUUCUUUUUAAGAUGAGAACAAGUCAACUUUCACUUAUUUUUAAACUUAUAUAUUUCACAGUGACGAUGGAAUUUUACUCUGUUGUAUAUUUCUCUUUCGCAAUUUCUAAAAGUAAUUUCGUUUUUUGUAAAUGUCGUAUUGUUUAAAUAGUUAUACAUAGCAAAGGGAAGAAACCAAUAGUUGCGAACGUCCUGUGUGGUACUGCAAUCACCAAUUCAACUGGCAACAUGGCAUUUGAGUUCUUUCAAUGAGAUAACAACAGAGAUUUUUAAUACAUUAUUGUUUGUUUUAUAUUCACACCGGCGUUUAUGCAAUGCACUGUUUUUGGUGGCAUAUGAGUGAAAUUAUUUCGGUGACCAUUCUGUUUUUGUGACGACAUCUGCAAAUCCUCUUUUUAAUAAUUUACACCGAGAGACGAAUAAAUGAACAGGACUUGCUAUCAACUUAUAACAGGGUAUCUGUUAAUUUGAGUAAUAUGGAAAUUAGUGAUAUUUAUUGUACACGUGUACGAUAUCUGGUAUACACAUUAAAAGUUAUAUAUACAAAUAUAUUAUAAAUGCAUCUUCGCCAAGGUAUAGUUCUCUUGUCAAUUUGCAGUAACUUGUGGCACAAUGGAUUUGAUACUCUGCAAUUCGUGAACAGUGGUGGCGGUUCGAAACACAUCAGACCUUCCUAACAUGUGUUUUAAAGAUUCUUCUCGAAAACUUUGAAGCACUUCAGAAGGCAAAUGCACCAAUGAUACAUUUGUGAAUAUGAAAGUAACUAAAAUAAUUUUCUUCAAAACGUUUAUUUUUAAAUACUUCAGAAAACAAGCACACAUGUAAAGUUUAACCUAAA